AUGUCUGUGACCAUUGGUAGUCUGUACGGCGAGGCUCAACGCAUGCUAGAGGACCUCGACCUUCUUCCGGGAUCGUCGGACGAGGCCGAAGAAGAUGAGGAAGAAACCGGAGAAGCAGAAGACAAAGAAGAGAAUACAGGCGUGACUGUAAGCCCAGCUGAGCAUACGCAAACAUCGUCCGCCCAGUCAGCAGUUGUCGUGCCUUCGCGGGCUCGUGCGCCUGCCCUGGCUCGGAGCUACAGGCGGGGUACGACGCGGGGUAUACCGUGGUUCGAGGAGAUGAUUGAGGGAAGUCGACUGGGCCGCAUAAUGAAGAGAAGGCGCGGUGUGGGGAUUAGUGAUGACAGCUCGACGACAAUAGAAUGGGAAGUGACCGAGUGGUUGGAUGAGGAUCCCAGUGAAGAAACACAGACAACGUCAGAAGAUGCGCGGAGCGCAGUAAAACGAAAAAGAGGACAUUAUGUCGACACUGAGGGACCCGGUUCGGCGACAAAACAAAUGUGA